AUGACAACACAUUAUCUUAGUUUAUCCAAAUUACAACUGGAAAGUGUUACAUUCGGAGUUCUUGAACUACAAAAACACCAUUCAUCAGAUAAUAUCAUUGGAUGGUUUAACAAUCUCCUUAAUACAUGGGGUAUUGAAAAACGUCAAAUAUUUUUAGUUGUAACCGAUAAUGUCGCUAACAUUAAAAAUGCUGUGUACAAUUUCUUCAGUAAGGAAAAACAUUUGCCUUGAUUUGCACACACUUUAAACUUUGUUGUUUAAAUUUUUUUAGAUGACACCAAUGAUAUUGCCAAUAUAAUUAAUAAGAUAAAACUUUUGGUUACAUUUUUUAAGCAAUCCGUGUCUGCAACAGAUGAACUCAAUAAAACAUUUAAAUUAAAAUUAAAACUAUUGUUAACUGAAUUAAAAUUAGUGACUGAUAGUCAACAGAUUGAUAGGUGA